AUGUCAGAACUUGGAGACCGUGCCAACUCCCCAAUGCCAGGUGUGGGCAGCAGCAAUGGAGGAGCUGACUAUGAUUACCUCAUCAAGUUUUUAGCUCUGGGUGACUCUGGCGUGGGCAAGACCAGCUUCUUGUAUCAGUACACUGACAGUGUCUUCAAUGGCAAGUUUAUCUCAACUGUAGGCAUUGAUUUCCGGGAGAAACGAGUGGUUCACCGCUCACCUGGCAUAGAUGGAUCAGUGGGUCGCAGUCACAGAGUCCACCUUCAGCUAUGGGACACAGCUGGCCAGGAGAGGUUCCGUAGUCUGACCACAGCAUUCUUCCGCGAUGCCAUGGGCUUCCUUCUCCUGUUUGACUUGACCAAUGAGGAGUCAUUCCUCAACACCAGGAACUGGCUCAGCCAGCUGCAGACACAUGCCUACUGUGAGAACCCAGAUGUAGUUCUGUGUGGGAACAAGGCAGACCUGGAAGACAAGAGAUGUGUAUCAGAGGAUAAAGCUAGAGACCUGGCCCAGAAGUGUGGGCUGCCAUACUUUGAGACCAGCGCAGCCACUGGUCAGAAUGUGGCUAAAGCCGUGGACUGUCUCUUGGACAUGGUGAUGACCAGGAUGGAGGUCUGUGUGGACCAGUCACAGACCUCCAGUAGAUCUGAUGCAUCCAGGUCCAGGACUCCACUGCACCACUCGCACCAAAACCACCAGCAGAACAGUGGCCAUGGAUGUGCCUGCUAG